AGCUUCGAUUGCUCAAACUUGCGGUAGCGAACCGAUCUGCCUGCCUUUGUAACCAUUCAAGGUUGGGCGCUCGAAAGGAUCAUGAGCUGAGCCACUGGGGUCAUGCGACGAAAGAGCUGUCUACUCUUGGGCUGCUUGAACUGCUUGACCUUUGGUGGAUUCGCAUUGGAGUGGGGCCAAGCUUUGUCCCUGGACACCGUUCUGUCCACCUCCACCAAUUUGCAGCUUCUGCAAGCAGGGAAAGAGUACCAUCCGUCUCACCUGGAUGAGCGGAGAUUGCAUAGUGCGAAAGCUCGAGCCUCUUUGGACUCCUUUGGACUCCCAACCUUGGAGUUCGAUGAGGUCACCAGAACUCAUUCAAGUCACAAGCUGAAGGGAGAACUGCUUGAGGAGGCUGCAAUGGCAGCAGCUGCACUGGCAGUGAGAGAAGAGGCCAAGGCGGCCCGCGCGGUCGGCGGAGGAGAACCCGCCCGGCUCUUGGCAUCCACGCACCUGAAGAGCCAUGCGGAGCGAUCGGCCAGACAUUUGAUCUCACGCUUCGAGGUGAUCAACGAGGAAGCCAAUGAGUCUCACACCAACAGCAGUUCCCCAAGGAUCGUGAAUCAAAGUUCGCCCUGGACAAAUCCACAAGGAGUCAAUCCCUUCAAUCCAUUCAGCAACCCGUUCUUCAACCCUUUCACCCCAAACCCCUACACGCCCUUGCACACAGGCGGAGGGCGUGGCAGCAACCUACUCUUCAUUUUGUUUGUCUUCAUCCUUGCAGCUGCAGGCUGUGCAGUAGCUUGUGGUGGGGUGUGGGAGGAUGAUGACGAUAUCAGCAGUGGUGACGAGAGCCAUCUGGGUUUGAUGGGGCUCAACGCCGACGCCCGGCGUGGGCGGGAGAACAUCAAGCGGAAGGUGCAGCCAGCGGAGAAAAGUCGUGGAUGCUUGAGCUGGUUGUCUUGCUGCGGCUGUUGCAGGUAUUGUUCCAAGACAGUGAUCUUGUUCACUCUUGGAGCCAUGCUGUUAACAUUCCUAGGUGGCAAGAUCUUGUGGAACAGCGGCAUCCUGCAGCCUCUACUGGCGCAGCUGUUGCUGUAUGCCUACGUGAUCCUCAUCAUCUUGGGCUUUGCCGUGGUCAUUACCCACGAGCUCACCCGGAAGAUCCGGCGCACCGUGGACAGCAUCUACCGGAGCCUGGUCGAUUUCCAAGACGUGAUGCCCCACUGGUUGAAGAAUCGAAAGGAGGCUUCCCCUUACUACUGAGCGCUUGACACUCUUGACACUCUUGACACUGCAAAAAGGAGGGUGUGGCA